CAUCGAUCUUGAACUGGCUUGAUGAACACAUUACAGUUGAAAGAUACUGUGACGAGAGACGAGGAAAGACUGUCCUCUGCUGGAAAAGGGGGCAAGCAGGAGAGACGCCCGAACGAGCUGAUCGCGUUGUGCUAGUUAACCCCUGCAGUAGUGGUGGUGGUGUUGUUUUGGAGAGGCGGGCAAGAUGGACGCGACCAGGAUGGCCCGGGACAAGAUUCCCGAAACCAAUAUGAACAAGCAGCACGACAUGCUAGUGGACAACGAUAAGACGUCACUUGGUGUUCUAAGAAGACUGGGUCUGGAGGGUCGCAAGGAGGCUGGCCAUGACUACAAUCCAGCGUUGCAUGGAACAUUAGCUGGCAGUACUGUGUACGAUCAUAGGAAAAUGUACGUCAGUCAGGACGAGAUGGCCCGGUGGCGAGUGCCGAUCGCCUUCCGUGACUUCUGUGCGCACAAGUACAUUGAGUACAUGAAGUGCGUCAAGGACACGUACCACUGUCCGUGGAAGUGCUGGGACGUUCACCACGAGAUGGAACACUGCAUGACACAAGAGAAUGCCGAGCGUAUUGUCGCAGCACGGAAAUUCCGAGGUGAACUGUAAAGUUGAGCUGAGUAUAGCAGUGUAGAGUGUAGACACACAUUCUACUCUUCAUGUAUGUUAUCAGUAGUCCGCCCUCUAAGUCCCUACAUCUCAGUCCUGCUCUGCUCCGGUUGGUCAUGUCUGUGCAGCCACAGUAGCUGUACCGCUUGUCUUCAUGAGCAUAGCAAUGUCAUCACGUUAUCGUAAUAUCAUACUGUUACAGCGUUGGUGUUAGACGUACCCCAGGUAGCGUUAUAUUCUAGUCCCUGGGAUCUGUCAAAGGUGUGUGUGUGUGUGUGUGUGUGUGUGAGAGAGAGAGAGAGAGAGAGAGAGAGAGAGUGUGUGUGUGGUGUGUGUGUGUGUGUAUGUGUGUGUACGUUUUUUUGCCAAUUACAUGUUUAUAGCUUCAGUAUGCUAUUAUUAUCAUUAUCAUAAUUAUUGCAUGCGUUGCUGAUUUGCCAAGCCGGUACCUUCAUCAAACAACUGAAGCGUGCAGGAGUUUUGAUUCCAUGUUAUGAUGCGUCUUCAAAUGAUCAACUACGCCCAAUCACAUAAUUAUUAAAAUAAGUUGGUUAGCUGAGAAGUGGUUUGCCAAUGAUUUCCAGGUUA